UCAAGGAUAUAUGCUCCCAGGGGUGCAAAGAUGGGUAUUAUGGCCGGAGCUGUGGGUACAGAUGUAGCAGAGGAUGCGUCAGCAACAGAUGCUCCGACUCUGGAUUCGGUACAGGAAACUGUACUGAUGGCUGUAUCUCAGGAUACUGGGGAAGUACUUGCAGUUUCGAAUGCCCUGUUGAUUGUCUACAGUGUUUAGAUAAUACAUGCACAAAAUGUAGAGCGUUUCUUUACGGAUCAUCUUGUGGUUCCAACUGCAGAGAAACAUGUCCCACUGAAGGAUGCCAUAUGGAUGGUACUUGCAGAGAUGAUCAUCAAUCAGUUGCCUGCGCUAAUGGAAACUUUGGGCCGAAAUGCCAGUUUGGCUGCAACGAGAACUGUGCCUUUCGUGCUUGUAAUCGUUCCUCUGGUGUCUGUCUGCAUGGGUGUGAAAAAGGCCACUUUGGAGCAAGAUGUGAAUUCCGAUGUACCACUAACUGUAAAGGAGCACUGUGUGAUGCCCAAGGCAGGUGUCUAGCUGGCUGUACAUCGGGCUACUAUGGACAAGACUGUGAUGAGCAGUGCAGUGACGGAUGUCGUCAACGUGUAUGUGAUCUGAAAACAGGUUACUGUAUCAACGGCUGCAACGAUGGACACUACGGCUUUCUCUGCAACAGGUCGUGUGUAGGGGAUUGCUCUGUCUGUAACCGGGAGAACGGACUAUGCCUCGCAGAUGAAAUACAACCAGAACCGACGCUGGAUACAAAGGACGGGGACGUCCAGAUGACACCGUCUGUGAACUACGUCAUAGGAUCUGUGGUGUUGCUGCUGGUUUCUGGAACAGUAGCUUUCCUCAUUAGAAGAUCAUGUACGUCAUCGUCCAUCAGGACCAACAGGCGCUUGCUAAGUCCCCAAGGUAGACAACUGCCAGACGUACCGAUGUCUGCAAAUGCUUAUGACGACAUCAACGAAGAUGACAUGGAUGAAAGUGAUGGGGUCGUUGCAAGCAGCAGCAACAACACGUGCAGAAUACGCGGUCAACCUCCACCUUCCCCAGUUGCUAUGUGUCACACCGCACGGUCAAGAGAGCACAAGACUGGACAUUUGCAUAUGUUCAAAACAUCCCUACAGAGGGCUAACUCCUUGCCAAUAUUUGACUGGAAGUGGAACGAGUCGGAGAGCUCAUGGACGGAUCAUACUGGAUUUCAGGCGCGACGUGGGAAUCAAGGAGAAGACCGAACUCUUAUGGAAGAAGCUUGUUGCCUGGUGGAUAAUGUGGCGUAUGAAAGUAGAGCUGCAUGUAAUUCAACAACCCCGCGUGGAUACCUGUCUCCUGUAGCCAGUGAUCCAUGUCUUGAUUACACUGACUUUUAGCGACAUAUAUAGCUGGCCUUAAACGUCAAGCAUUCAAUCGUUUAUAGGAAUAACUCGAUUACAUUAAUAAUUUUAUUAUGGUCAGAUAAAUUCAAAUUGUUUUGUAUAAUUCAAAAUUUGCAUGUGUAAUUCUACUUUGUAUGAAAGAUAUUUCCCAAACCUUGAAACGUCUUCAAAGUUGAGAAAGUUGUAUUGGAAAGCCUAGCCUGGUGCAUAUAUGUGUACCUUCUGGAGGAUACAUACUGACAGUAGGGUAUAAGAGACUGUCAUGGCGACAUGAUUAGAACAAACCUUGUCUGAACGAACAUUUAAUUCCCAAGGUUAAUUAUUUAAAUAAUAAAAAUAUCCCAAUAGCCAUGACAUAUACACGUCUAUAAUGCCAAAAUUGCCAUGACUUAUAAGAAGCUAGUCCUGACAUUAACAUUCUGUAAAUUAAAAAACGAAGAUGGUCUUACCCUCAGUUAUUGGUUAGGCUACGUGGCCCGCGGGGGCACCAACGCCGCCACUUCUGUCACUGUGUGCGGUCCUGACACAUAGUGAUUCUUGUAUGUUCAUAUAGGACCCGUGAAGAUCCGGGUUAGAAUGGAUCUUCAGUAACCCAUGCUUGUCGUAAGAGGCGACUAAUGGGAUCAGGUAGUCAGACUCGCUGACUUGGUUGACACAUGUCCUUGUAUCCCAAUUGCGUAGAUCGAUGCUCAUGCUGUUGAUCACU